AUUAUUCCAACAUAGUUUUUUUUUUCAAUAUUCACCCUGUGUGUAGCCUCGGCUACUCAACCAUGCUUUAAUACUACUAUACUACACUGAAAACUCCAAUAACCAUUCAAGAUUUUGUGUUGUGUGUAUACAUACAAGCGAGAAGGUCUUUUCCGCGUGUGUUUUCUAUUUAUAACUUCUCAAGGGCAUUAAAAGGCAUCAAAAUGGCUGAGGAGAGGGAAGCUAAGAUGACAACCUGGCUGUUUUUCAGCAUUACUGUUUGUGUGUUUGGGAAUUCUUUCUUAUAUGGUUACAACAUUGGAGUGGUAAAUUCCCCGGCCAGUCUUAUAAAAGCGUUUUACUUCAAAGUAUACUUGGCACGUGAUGGUAUUGAAACCGAUUAUUAUGUAGAUGAUAAAAGUCUACAUUACUUAUCACUACCUAAUCAAACAACAACAAUAGCUACUGUUGUUAACAACAGUUCUCUGGGACUAAAUUACACAGUCAACAGUAACGGUACAACAGUUGCGCCGACAACAACCGUACAUCCGUUGUUAGCCAAGAGCGCUGACGAAAUUAAAGAUGACAACUUUAUUGAGUUGAUGUGGUCUAUAACAGUAGCUUUGUUUGUCUUCUUCGGUAUGGUGGGUGCUUUUUCCUCGGGACGAAUUGCCGAUUAUUUCGGACGAAAGAAGGGGAUGAUAAUAAUCACAGUUUUAAUGUUUGUUGCGUCCAUUUUUGGGGCAAUAACAUCCGUCGCCAAUUCUCCAGAAUGUCUGAUGGUCUCCCGUGUCUUUGUUGGACUCCAUAAUGGUAUCAGUGUAAGUUUAGCAUCACUCUACCUCGCCGAGAUCUCGCCAAAAUCAAUCCGAGGUGCUGUAGGCACCUGUCAUCAGUUAUUUAUCACCAUAGGAAUCCUGUGGUCCAUGGUGCUUGGUCUACCAGACCUCUGUGGUACUUGGGGUGCUUGGCCAGUACUGUUCGGGUUUAACGCUUUGCCUGCACUCGUCUGUUUGUUGUUGUUCCCACUGUGCCCAGAGAGCCCGAGGUACAUGUUGAUAAAGAAAAAUGACGAAGAUGGCGCCAAGAAAGCUCUGAUAAAACUUCGUGGGUACUUGGAUGUGGAAGACGAGCUAGAAGAAAUGAGAGCGGAAGCUAGAAAAGCGUCGUCGAUUGAAACUUUCACCCUGAAAAAGUUGUUGUCGACCCCUGAAUUAAAAUUACCCAUAAUUAUUGCCGUGGUGAUGCAGAUUGCCCAGCAAUGGUCUGGUAUUAAUGCCGCUAUGUCCUACUCCAGUUUCAUCUUUGAACAAGCCCAGGUUCCGGACCAGACCAUUCCAUACGUUGUGGUUGGGCAGGGUGCUAUCAAUGUAAUUGCCACUAUUAUAUGUGUGCCAUUAAUGGAAAAGUUAGGUCGCAGACCACUAUUGAUAUUCCCAAUGGGAGGAAUGGUGCUGUCAUUUUUGGUACUCACAGUGUCUCUGAACCUUCUUACGUCGGGAGAUUUUGAUGAGCACAAGUUUGCCCUUGCCAUGGUGUCUAUUACAGUGAUGAUGACGUAUGUCAUUGGUUUUGCUGUCGGAUUAGGACCAAUUCCAUUUAUUGUUGUGGGUGAAAUUUUCCGGCAAGAGCCACGUGCUGCUGCCAUGAGUUUCUCGUUGGCGUUCAACUGGAUAUGUAACUUUAUUCUCAUGUUAACGUUCCGGUUUAUUCAGAAAGGCAUCGGCGCAUACACGUACCUCAUUUUUAUUGUCAUCCUGGUUGCUUCUAUUGUAUUUAUCACCAUCUUUGUUCCGGAGACAAAAAACAAAACAUUUGACGAGAUUGCGCAGUCGAUCGCCUUCGGGAGGCAGAAUAAAGGGAACGCGUUCGGACAAGACGCCGAGGAAUUGCAACCAAUGGGUGACUCUAAGAAAGUUUAAUGAUAGCUUCACAAUAGGAGUGAAAUGUUUACUUUAUAAUAUGUGGUUAUAUUAUGAACAAGAUAGGUUCAACACCGGGUUUAAAACACUAAGAAUAAAUGAUGUUGAAAAUUUACUGUCUAUAAGUUUUGAAAAAUUUAGAAUAGUUCGGUUGUGCACACAUUUACUUUCAGCUGUCACGUUUUUAAUUUUUGAUCUGUUAACAUUGUUAAUAUCAUUUUUUGUUUUGCAUCAAACGUACUUCCAUCCAGCCUGUCGGCGACUAAUUUUUAGUUGUGAAUGUAAUGAAAAUAAGGUUACGUCUUUCAUUUUGUUCAUGAAAUCACGAGGUUUUUUCAUGAGAAAUAAUAUCUUUUUAAUUAAGUAUAGGCAAAUUUGUUUUAGGAAAAUAAAUUUUUUUAGGGAGACAGUGUUUUUUGACCGUGUGAAUGAUUAUUUAUUUAUUGAAUGUUUUUGUUGUUUACAAAUGAUAAUCUUGAACAAAAUUAGAAUAGCGGGCAUUCGACUUUGUCUUGGCUAUAAGCCAAAAAAAUUCUCGUCGCAGACAAAAGAAUUGGCAAUUUACAGCUCAGUAUUUUAUGAUUCCGAAAAGGUGCACAUUAAAGAAACUGUAGCAUGUUUAUUGUUACCAUUUUAUGAGAUAAACAUCAUUGCUACAAGUUGUAAACUUUUUAUUUCGAGGUGACAUCCAGUGCUUUUGAGUUUGUUUGUUCGUUAUUAAGAACUCAUUUGCACGAGAGUCGCUCUCGGCGUAACAAGUUUAAAACUUGUAUCAAUAAUAGCUUCUCUCAUGCAAAUGAGUUUUAAUAAUCUUGCAGCAGACGAAAUAUGUAAUUGCUUGUUUCAUGUAAAUGAGUUUUAAAACCUUACUGUUGACGAGCUAAGAUAUUCGCUAGUGAUACUCACAGUGAAACAUUGAAUCACAUUUGUAAAACAGUAAACAAUUCAUGUUUUUGAAGCAUUUAUUCUUGUGACUUGUGUAAUUGUGUUGCUAUGUAUUUUGUUGUUUUUUGUGUAGUUACAGUAGAAUAGGGAUUAUUGUUUGACAUUGUUUGACUUAGAGAUCUUAUUAUAUUGUUUGUGAGUAUAUACAGUAGACACAAAAUAUUCUACUUAUAUUUCCUUAUUGUUAUAUGUUAAAAAGUGAACAUGUUGAUUAUGAACUGUGUUAAAGUAUGAAUGAAGAAAAUUUACAUAUUUGAAUGUGAACAUAUAAGGUAUGCUUUACCUGAGAACAUAAUAUGGGCACUCUGUAUCCGUUACCUGCCGAACGUGUGAAUUAGACUUACCCACCUUGCAAAAGAUUGCAAUAUCAAAAUAGAAACAUUUAGCAACCAACAGUAUAGAGCCUGAGUCAGACUUCACGGAUGUGCAGGCUGGCCUAGCUUUAUACUGGUGGCAAGGACUAAUCACAUUUGUUUCGGUUAAUUGUCAACAAUUUACAUGAAGUCUGAAAUGUAAACAUAUGAGAAUUUCUCGUAUUAAGCCAAGUCUUACAUGUGAACAUAUUAUAGUAUUAAGUCAUGUUUUACAUGUGAACAUAUGAUAAUGAUAAUUUCUCGUAUUAAGCCAAUUCUUACAUGUGAACAUAUACAAAAUGUAAAUCUUUCAUGUAAACAUGGAAGAAAAUACUGUUCACGUGUUCAUUUUAGAUCAAACUUGCUUUGAGAUCAAUAAAAAAUGAAUAAGUUGUAUAAGCGUAAAUAUUAAAUAUAUUUUACAUGUGAACACUUUAAUUUAAUGUCAAAAAUGUGAACAUCAAUGUAACGUCAUGUCUAGAACGGUUAAACAUGAUACAUUUUUAUGUCGAGUUAUUGCGAACAUAAUUAAAAUGUUGUGUUAUUUCUCUUUUUUUUCAAGAACAUAAGAACAUGAUUAUAGUAUAUCAGUUGUGAACAUGUUUGUAAAUGUAGUGAACAUUAUCUAUGUAUUUAUGUUAACAUAUUGUAUAUACUAGCUAGAUGUAGUGCAGGUUCGUAUGGCAGCUAGUACAUAUCUAUUUUUUCCCUGUUAUAUUUUGCUAUUCCUGUUUACUGAUAUACUUUAUGGUAAAUAAAUUUAACAUUUUUCUCCCAUGAUACAGUGGCUAAGUCAACAGACUUGAAAUUUAAUGUAUUUUUUUUUUACUUGAGUGACCCCCAUAGUUUCUAUAAUAACUAUAUCAACCCAAAUUGAAUCCCACAUUUUAUUCUAGAAAUGAUAUAUAAAUGUAUGACCGUGGUAUUUUGAAUUGUUUAUAAAGUCAGAAGAUCACGUAGGCUUUGCCAUUGAUGAAAAAGGGAGUUGCAUUACGGAAAUUCCACUAGUAUUUAAAAUUCGGUGGGUCCGGGCUAGGGGUAGAAGGGGGUGGGGGUAAGAACCAUGCCUUUUUUCUUGAAUUUAUAACGCUCCUGGAAUGAGAUAAAUGUAACAAUGUAUCAAAAACAUUCUUAAAACCUUGGGGUAAUGAAGUCAUACAUCGACAGGCGGGGACGGGGGUAAACUACCCUCAGUGUGUUGUUUUUUGUUGUUGUCGGGGUUUUUUUUAGGGGGGGGGCACUGACUUAAUUAACACGAGUUAUUUAUUGCCAGUAAAUAAAUGAAAUAUCACUAUAGAUACCAAGAUAUACCACAGUUACACAUAUAUUAUUGUCUUUACAGAUAUACUUUGCUCAUCUUUGAAUAAAAUAAUUUUAUCGCAGAUAUUUAUUGAAAGAUAUGUUCAUAUUAUGGCCUCCUAUAGUGUGCAGAGUUUAAAACAUAACAUACCUACUUUGUGUGAAGUCAAAAGAUUUUGAUUUUAUAUUUAAAAAGAGACGGUGCAGCAAUUAUCAAUAUUUUCAAAUUUUAUAUCAAAUUUGAGCACAAUAUAUCUUUAAAUUUACGACUGAAUCAUUACUUCCAUGAUGAAAUGUUAGAUUAUGAAUCUCACAUUAUUCCCCCAGCGUAUGUGCUAUAUACAUGUAGUUGUUUCAUGUUUUACUCUUUGUCUUGAACCGAAUAUGUCGGCUCAGCAAAGAAAUAUAACUUUAGCUUUUGUAGUUUAAGAAAUUUUGUUAAGUGUAUGUUGGUGUUACGUGUGAUUGUUAUGAUGUGAUGUGUCUAUAUGGUUAUUGCUUUUUUUUGGUAGAGCCGUUGUGGCGUGAUUAUCGCGCACAUGAUAUUUUUAUCCGGCAUUACGACAUUGCAAAUGUUCCAAUUAAAUAAUUAAUUUACGGUUUGGAAAGAGUGCUAUUCAGUAUAUAUACAGAUUUUUUUUCAUUCAACUGUAAUUAUUGUGCUUAAAACUUAGUCUGCUCUUUUAACAUCUUCGUGAUAUCUUUUAAUUUUACAUAUAUUUCCUUUAAAAAUAUUGCGUCUCUAAAGUUAUUUACUUUGAAAGUGCUCAAAACUUUUACCUGUUUUAACCUAUAUUUAUUUAUUUUUACAAAAAUUAGACUCUUUUAAAAGCUUAUUUUCUUAAAGUAUAUAUUUUAUGUUUUUAAAGUAAUGUUGAUUUGUUAAAGUUAUUUUGAUUUGAUGACUUGAAUGUUGACAAUAUGGCUACGGUCAUUCUAUCUCCACCAAAUUUGUCGAGUGGCGAAGUUGGCUGUUACAUGUUGAGUAAUAACUGGUACAGAUUCCUGGGAGUUGGUCAGUGGAUAUCACUAAAAUACGCCUAAACUGUCAUCAAAUACAAAAUAAACGGAAACAGAAAAUUUACAUACUUAAUAAUAUUUAUUUAUAAGAAGCCUGUUCAAAAAAAAAAAAAAAAAAAAAAAAAAAAAAAAACAACAUGUAAUGUGUAACCUUUAUUAAUUGAUAACAAAAACAAAUCCACGAAAAUGUCGAAAAAAUAGAUCAAAAGAUCUUAUAUAAACAGUUUUGUUUUCUGCUUUAUUUCAAACAUUAAAAAAAUAAUCUCUGUUUUGGAUGUUAUUUGUUUGUUAAAUUAUACCCAGGUCUGCAUUUUAUCUUUUAAUAAUCAGCUAGUCACAUGGCUUCGUGUACCUCAAUAAUAUACAUUUAAAGCUUUCUUUAACGACCACCUUCAGAGAAAUAUAUGGUUGUCUUAUUUGUUGAAAGACGACUGUUAUUUAAAGGUUUUAAACUCGUACAUGUAUGAAUCUUGGUGAUUUAGCCACUUUGGUCUAUGUUAACAGAUGGUCUUUAAAUAAAGGUUUGCAUGUAUAUUAUUUUAUUUAUUUUGAAAACACAUGUUAACAGCGUUUAUCAAAUUAAGUAUUUAAUGUUGUAACUUAAAAUGUCUCAUUUUUGUGCCUCAUUUUGAACUGCUUCAUUCAGUAUGCUAAAAUGUCAUUUUAAUUAUUGUAAUCAACUUUAACUGGUUCUUAAAAUAUGUUGUUUUCCACUAUUCAAUCUAUUUUUUUCGUGCUUUAUUUUAAACUGCUUAAACUACACAAAAUGACAGAAACUCUUCAUAGGUAUCAUAGUCACUUUAUGUAAGCAUAUUAAGUUUUAUGUUAAUGUAUAAGGAAAAACAACAAACUGUCAUCUGUCACGUUAGUUUACGUAGAAAGAAAGUUUAACAUUUUUACAUGGUGAAUCUCUUCUGUACAAAUGCUAAAUUAAUCUGUACAAUUUAUUUAUCUGCCAGGAGGUCAGAAUCUCAUUUUUGAACAAAAACACAUGUUAUAGUUGUAAUGUUGUUGGUUUUGUUUUCCUUUUUUAAAAACGAAAUACAGAAACAUACCAAGAUUAUCGAAUAAAAAACUAUUAUAUAUUUGUUAUAAUACAAAUGUACUAAAAAGUCAUAUAUUUUUGUUAAAAGAAUCUCUAACCGUACUUAAAUACUCUUAAAUGUCUAUGUUCUGCAUGUUCUGAGCAAGCUCUAUUACUUUGAAAGUUUUCUACGAAUGUUUAAAUUUGCUUUUUAUUACACAUCCAUUAUUAUUACGUUUGAAUAGAGAACGGUUUCCGGUAAGCAUGCGAAGCUUCUGUUAAAAUUUAUGAAGAAAUUGAAAAUUAACAGCAGUUACCUCUUCAAAUUUUGACUAAACGGUGCUCUUUUACCUUUAAAUGACGUCAUGUACUAGUAAUAUGUCGCACGUUCGAAUCUGACCUAUUGUAAUACAGCUCUCAGUUUCUUUCUUUUUUUGCACAUAUUUUAUUCUCUAUGAGUUUACUAACAUAUUACUUACUCAGAUUUCUGACUGGACUUUGACUAGCUCUCUGCUUUGUGUUUUUAGAACUUUCUAUUGAUAUGUUAGUUGUUUACAAUAAUUAUAACGAGCCUGGUCUGAUUGCAUGAACCGUGGGUGUGCAAUUUGGCCUGCCUUUAUACUAGAUCUAAUAACAAAACAUUUCAUUAUAACUAUGCUGCAUUGUUUACAAGUAUUUUUGAUUUAUGUUUACUGAACAGAACAGAAUGUACAUGUAACUUUUAUUUUGUAUAUGAUGAUGAUCGUCGGAUACCCGCGGUUUAUAAACAUGUAACUGACAAAUGUUAAUGUUUCGGUCCGGCCAUGGGUAUCCGACGAUGAUGAUGAUGUACUAUGUACAAAUAAAAAAAGUUCUGUUCUGUUGUUUAUUUUUACUAUCUAUCGCUAUUUUAGUGUUUUUCUUCAUGUUAGUUUUACCUUUGAGUUUUUUUUAUUUCUAUUUAUGAGAUAUUUUAUCUAUAUCUUUAUUUUAGAAAAUGAUUGUGUUAUUGGCUAACGUUAUGUUUAUUUUAGAAUUAUUUUUAAAAUUCUUUUGACAACUUUUGAAGUAUUUCCAUGACAUGGACACCGCUUAUUUUAUAUAAUGAUUUUAACUGCUUUAAGACAAUUUUGUAUGUAAAAGAUAUUUUAAUUUUUUUUUUAAACUAUUGGAAUUUAUUUUAAGAUACCUAUUUUAUAUUGUGAUGUGAUAAAAAUUUAUUACUUUGUAUUAGUUUACACGAAAUAUCAAAGGUUUAUUUCAUAUGAAAAAUCAAUCGCAUCCCAUCGGCUGUUUCCGUCAAACUUCGGAUAAGAAAACUAUAUAUGAUAGCCGAGAUGUUACGAUUGGUGAACAAUGUAUCUUAGUCAUUAUUUCGACCAUACCAAUGUUAGCGAAGAAUUUAUCAGUUAAUAAUAGGUAUUUAAAAACGCCGUAAAUUCGUAGAAAUUUAUUUGACUUUACCAAGAAUUUACACGAGUUACCGUAGUUAUUAUACAAACAGUCCUAUUAUUUAGAAAAUUGCAUAACCAGUAGUUAAAAAAUAUCAUGUCACCAAUUUUUUGUCUUGUUUUUAUAAAGGAAUGUUGUUGAUUUAUAUAAAGGGAAUAUUUAACAAACAAUUGUAGUACAUACAUAGUGUUUAGAGUUGUGCGUAUGUGUGUGUGUUUUUUUGCUACACUCAUCGGUUUUGUAUUAUGGUUUUAUGUAGAAUUUCUUUUUAUAUAUUACAUAUAUUUAACUUAUUGCAAUAGAAUCCUGACCAAUCUUAGCUUUAUUUAUUUCGUUAAAAUGCUUCCUUUGCGACUAUAGUUAGCAAUAAUUUUAAGGUUAUGAUAUAUUGGCAAUCUGCAACCACGGUGCAGUUGGCCAGUUUUAGUAAAGGACCAACUGUAAAUAAAUUGAAAAUUGAAAAAACUUUCUUUGCAAAGAUGAACAACAGUUAUCUUUAUGGCUUUAAGUGGUACACGAAUUUUGGGUGUAUAACGAUUAUAGGUCUUAUAAUGGGAAUAUAAUAACAAUUUUACAUCAAAUGACAUUUAUUAGUCCCCUACCGGUUUAACCGGAGGGGACUUUAGGUUUACCCUCCGUCCGUCUGUCCGUCUGUCUGUCUGUCUGUCCGUCUGUCCGUCUGUCUGUCUGUCAGUCUGUCAGUCCGUCAGUCUGUCCGUCCACAAAACUGGAUCCCUCGAUAACGCAAAAAGUACUGAAAAUAUUUUAAUAAAACUUGAAAUAGGUAGAUGGCAGUAUGGAGAUUAUGCACAUCUUUUUCUUUUCUUUCUAUGUUGAAAAUUCUGGUUGCUAUGGCAACAAAUAGACUGAAAAUAUGGCAAAUUUAACACAUAAACUAGAUCUAGUGAUAAUGCAAAAAGUUCUGAAAAUAUUAUUAUGAAACUUGAAAUAUGGAUAGAUGGCAGUCUGGAAAUUAUGCACAUUUUUUUCUUUUCUUCCUAUGUUGAAAAUUCUGGUUGCUAUGGCAACAAAUAGCCUGAAUUUCAAGAUUUCUGAUUUAAAUUUUUCAGCUUUUUCACUAUAUGUUCUUUAUUUCUUAAGGUGUUUACUUCAAACUUUAAAUAUAAGUUCCUGGUCAUCAACCACAUCAUAUGUGACAAGGUUUAUAACUCUAGCACAAAAAAUAUUAAUAUUACCUCCCUUGAACUUAGAUUUUUUAGGGGAAAAAAUGUUGUCUUUUUUAAAUAACUUCUUUAUUUCCUAAUGUAUCUACUUCAAACUUCAUAUAUAUGUUUCUUAUUAUCACUCGACAUUUUUUGAGAAGGUUAAAUACUCUAGCAAGACUAUUUUCCAGAAUUAUGUCCCCCUUAAACUUAGAUUUUUUUCGAGAAACUGGUAUUUUCACUCCAACUUCUUCAUUCCUUAUAGGAUUUACUUUAAAAUCCCACAUCGUAAUAAUAUGACAAGGUUGUAUAAACAUAAUUUCCUUACUAAGCAUGGAAACUUAACACAUUACUGUGAUAUAGACAAACUUAUUUUAUUAUGUUUUGUGAUCGAUAUUUUCAAAUACAGACUUCAUCCUCAAAUUCAUUAUAAAUGGCAAUACACAGGAGUGUAUGACAAUUAAAGAACUUUUUGAGGGACCGGUAGGGGACUACUGUAUUGCCCGCAAUACUAUCAAAUGCUUGUUAUACUUUAUUUCAAAUAAAAUUUUAUUUUAUUAUAAACUUAUAAAUGAAAUAUUGAGAAAUAUUGAUGAAAUAAAAUGCGUAUUUCCAUUUUCACUGUAAAAAAAUUCACUGCAGAGAAACAUAUUUUCCGUAUUUUCACUGGUGUCUUGCGGGACUACUUUCUUCUAAAUUCUGUCAGUAAACAAAAUUUAACGGAAACUCUUUCAAAUUGUAAUGUCAAAAAAAUGUAUAUUCUAAGCAGAAAAUUCAAGUUAUUUUUGUCUUUAAAUACAGGAUAUAUUUUCAUCUUGUGGUGUAAAAAUUAUCAUAUUUCACUCGUGGCUAUCGCCAUUCUGACUCGUGAAAUAUUUAUUUUCAUACCAUUUGAUGAAAAUAAAUUCUGUAUUUAGAGAAAAAACUUGAAUAUCCUCUAUUUAUUGGAAAAUAUACCUGUAUUUUUGGUAAAUAACAGCAAUAAGGGAUUGAGCAAGAAUUUGAAAUACUAUGACUAAAGAGAUAAAGCAAAGAAUUAGAAAUAAAUUGUACAUGUUACUUAUUAUAACAGAUGUGAGUGUAGCUAAUUGCGUGAAAUAUAAAUGAGUGCAUGGUGUUUUAAAACCGUAGAACAAUGUUUACAUAGUGGUGGACAAUAUUGUAUAUAUAUAUGUCAAAAUAUUAAGUUGCAUUGUUAAGGAUAGUGUUAUUAUAUAAGUAUUUUUUGGUGAUUUUGCAAUGCUUGUAUACUUGUGGUAAAUAAAUAAACACAUUAAAAAGGUA